UUGAUGGUUAUUGGAGCAAUUGGAUAACUUAUAAAUCAUGCUCAAACUUCUGUAAAACUUGUUUUAUCAGAAAAGAAAGGUAUUGUAAUAAUCCUAUACCGACUGAUGGCGGACAAGAUUGUCUCGGCAUCAAUGUUCAAUACAUAGAAAGUGAUGAUAUAUGUAAAGUGAAUGGUGGGUGGACACAAUGGUUGCCAUGGUCAUUAUGCAAUCAACCGUGUCAAGGUGGUGUAAAAUCAAGGUAUCGCAGUUGCUCUAACCCAGUACCAAAAUAUGGCGGCUUGCAAUGCAUCGGAAAUGAUUCAAAUCAGUAUACUUGUUAUUCAGAGAAAUGCAAAAAAGCGACAUUAAAUCUUGGCAUAGUUUUUACAGACGAAGAUUAUAUUUCACAGUAUCUAAAUCCUUCUGAUCAGCCAUCUCUUGAACUAAAUAGCAGAAUAAAAAAUGCAAUAAUAAAUCUAUAUAACAUGCUCAAUAAAACAGUAUCAUUUCAAUUGACAUUUAAUUCUCUAAUAGACGGAGAGAAAAUAAAACCUUAAAAGAUAAAUUUGACGCAAAUUGUUGGUGUAUUCUGUUUAUUUUUAAAUUUUUUUAAAAAGAUUUUGUUGAAGAACAGUUUUCACAGCCAUCAGUCAUGGAAAGAUUGAGAUUAUUUUUGGACAUUUUUGGUCACAAACUUUCUU